GCGGGGUCAGAGCUCGGGCGGAGGAUCUCAGCGCGGCGCCUCGGAGCCCGCCGCGGAACGGCGGCCCGGCGGGGCAGAGCAGGAGCAGAUACCAUGGAUUCCUUCAAGGUGGUCCUGGAAGGCCCAGCACCUUGGGGCUUUCGGCUACAAGGGGGCAAAGACUUCAAUGUGCCUCUCUCCAUCUCCCGGCUCACCCCUGGAGGCAAAGCUGCCCAAGCUGGCGUGGCUGUCGGUGACUGGGUUUUGAGCAUUGAUGGGGAAAAUGCAGGGAGCCUCACACACAUUGAAGCCCAGAACAAGAUCCGUGCCUGCGGGGAGCACCUCAGCCUGGGUCUCAGCAGGGCCCAGCCAGCUCAGGGCAAGCCGCAGAAGGCCCCGGCCCCCGCCGCGGACCCCCCGCGGUACACGUUCGCGCCCACCACCUCCCUCAACAAGACGGCCCGGCCCUUCGGGGCGCCCCUGCCCGCCGACAGCACCCCGCUGCAGAACGGACAACCCCUCCGCCCAUCCAUGCCGGAUGCCAGCAAGCAGCGGCUGAUGGAGAACACGGAGGACUGGCGGCCGCGGCCAGGGACAGGCCAGUCGCGAUCUUUCCGCAUCCUUGCCCACCUCACAGGCACCGAGUUCAUGCAAGACCCGGAUGAGGAACACCAGAAGAAAUCGAGCCAGGUGCCCAGGACAGAAGCCCCAGCCCCAACCUCAGCUACACCCCAGGAACCCUGGCCUGGCCCUCCUGCCCCCAGCCCCACCAGCCGCCCACCAUGGGCAGUGGACCCGGCAUUUGCUGAACGAUAUGCCCCGGACAAAACAAGUACGGUGCUGACCCGGCACAGCCAGCCAGCCACGCCCACGCCUCUCCAGAACCGCACUUCCAUCGUGCAGGCUGCCACCGGAGGGGGCAGCACCAAUGGCAAGACGCCUGUGUGCCACCAGUGCCACAAGGUCAUCCGGGGUCGAUACCUAGUGGCACUCGGCCAUGCAUACCACCCCGAGGAAUUUGUGUGCAGCCAGUGUGGGAAGGUCCUGGAGGAAGGUGGCUUCUUCGAAGAGAAAGGGGCCAUCUUUUGUCCCCCCUGCUAUGAUGUGCGCUACGCGCCCAGCUGUGCCAAAUGCAAAAAGAAAAUCACAGGCGAGAUCAUGCACGCCCUGAAGAUGACCUGGCACGUGCAUUGCUUCACCUGUGCCGCCUGCAAGACCCCCAUCCGCAACAGGGCCUUCUACAUGGAGGAAGGGGCACCCUACUGCGAGCGAGACUAUGAGAAGAUGUUUGGCACCAAAUGCAGAGGCUGUGACUUCAAGAUUGAUGCGGGAGAUCGCUUCCUGGAGGCCCUGGGCUUCAGCUGGCAUGACACAUGCUUUGUGUGUGCGAUAUGUCAGAUCAACCUGGAAGGAAAGACCUUCUACUCCAAGAAGGACAAGCCCCUGUGCAAAAGCCAUGCUUUCUCUCACGUGUGAACCCCACCCUCUGUGGCCACCUAGCCAGAGGGGGGAGGGGCCUGGGGCCCAACAGCCUCCAUGCCCCCCAGUACCGGUGGGCAGGGCCGGCCAUGGUGGCCCCAUCCCCAACUCCUGGACCCCAUCCCGUCCCCUUCACCUCCCCCCACACAUCCUCCCCACCCGCACACACACAGGGUGCUGCCACACCAGCCCUGUCCACUCCAGUGCCACAAUAAAC